CUGACAGAACAGCUGCUGUACAUGCUCUCUGCUCGGACGGAGUUUAACUCUCAGACGGAAGCUGCGGAGCCUCAUUUGACUGUUUCUCUGGGCGUCUCUCUCAUCUGAAUAGUGAAAGGAAUGUGUUGGGACACUGCAGAUCUCCCGUGGUCUGUACACAACACAGAGACAUUGCAGGACAGGAGGAGGACAUGGUGCCACGGUCUGGAGCUGAAGUUGAAUCGCGGAUUUUUAUCUCGAGAUGAAAACUGAAGGAUCAUCCUGACCACAGACAUCAGAGGGGACUGCAGCCAUGGACAUAUUCAAACAGCAGAGAGUGGAGGACUUCUAUGAAAUCGGCGAAGAGCUGGGAAGUGGGCAGUUCGCCAUCGUGAAGCAAUGCAGGGAGAAAAGCACGGGCCUGCAAUUCGCCGCCAAGUUCAUCAAGAAGCGGCAGAGCAUGGCGAGCUCUCGAGGAGUGCGACGGGAGGAGAUCGAGCGGGAGGUGAACAUCCUGCAGCAGAUUCAGCACCCCAACAUCGUCACGCUGCACGACGUCUACGAGAACCGCACUGAUGUGGUGCUGAUCCUGGAGCUGGUCUCUGGAGGCGAGCUGUUUGAUUUCCUGGCGCAGAAAGAGUCUCUGAGCGAGGAAGAGGCGACUCAGUUCAUCAAACAAAUCCUCGAGGGGGUCAACUACCUCCACGCCAGGAAGAUCGCCCACUUUGAUCUCAAGCCAGAGAACAUAAUGCUGCUCGACAAGAAUGUGCCGCUGCCGAGAAUCAAACUCAUCGACUUUGGUUUGGCUCACAAGAUUGAAGCCGGGGUUGAGUUCAAAAACAUCUUUGGGACACCUGAGUUUGUUGCACCAGAGAUUGUCAACUAUGAGCCUCUGGGAUUAGAAGCAGACAUGUGGAGCAUUGGCGUCAUCACCUACAUCCUGCUGAGUGGUGCCUCACCUUUCCUGGGGGAGACCAAACAGGACACCCUGGGCAACAUUUCAGCCAUAAAUUAUGAGUUUGAUGAAGAGUUCUUCUGUCACACCAGUGAGCUGGCCAAGAAAUUCAUCAGCCAGUUGCUGGAGAAAGAUAAGAAGAAAAGAUUAACAAUUCAAGAUGCUCUUAAUCACCCGUGGAUCAAGUCCAAUGAGCACAAGGAGGAAAAUAAAGCCCAAGAGCCAAAGAAACGGGAGCGGCGUCAGCUGAAGACCAAGCGGCUGAGGGAGUACACUAUCAAGUCCCACUCAAGCAUGCCGCCCAACAACACUUAUGUAAACUUUGAGCGCUUCGCCCAGGUGUUGGAGGACAUCGACCAGAUGGAGAGCUCGUUCAUUAGUCUGGCAACAGCCCAUGACUCUCUGCAAGAAGACAUUGAUGCCAUGGUCUCUAUAUACAAUGAAAAGGAGGCCUGGUACAAAGAAGAGAGCGAAGGCGUGCGCCACGAGCUCUCGCAAAUCCGAUAUGAGUUCCGUAAGGUCGAGGCCUUGAAGAGGAGCCUGCAGGACGACAUGCAGGCUUUCAGCUCCAGCCUCGGUGCCAUCAGCAGCCGCUACCAGGAGAGACAGAGCCACUUUGAUGCUCUGCGCCUGGAGCUUAGCAACGAGCUGAAGUGGGUGCAGGAGGUGAUGGGCUCAUUUCCCAUGGAUGGAGGUGGUGGAGUUUACCCCAACUGCGCCUUCUCCACUGUCUUCAAUAAUGACGUGAAUGAAGCCUUGAAAGAGCUGCUGAACCGUUCCUGUGGGGGAGAGCUGCUGUCGGGGAUCAACCUGGACAUCAGUGAAACUGGACAGCAAAGAUAAAGGCCAAGUGCACAAGUGCACGUAGGUAUAAUUUCUGGUCUUGUUUUGUUGUGUCAGAGAUAAAAAACAUGUAUUUUGUCUGAUAGUUUAAUACAAAACCAUUAGAAAGUUUUUAUUUGGUGCUGUGGAUGUUUUCAGGUAAGCUGGAUGUAAUCAUCAUUACGCUCCUCAAACACUGUCAGACGCACAAUGAACAGUUAAAAACAAG